AUGCAUAUUCCCCGACUAUCUUCGCUUAAGCCUCUUCCACCACCUCCACCACAAGUAAAUUCUUAUUCUACACAAGGCAUUAAAUUGCUCCAAAAAGCAAUUACAACAUCCACCGCAUCAGAAAAGAACGAUUUAUUAAAUGAAGUCCACGAACUUUGGCCAACAAUGUACAAUGAGUUCGAUGAAGCGAUUAGAAGUAACAAAGAAAAAGAGAAACAAUUGAAAAACUUACAAGAUAGACUGAAAAAAGCAGAACAAGAUAAAAAAAAUCUUCAAGAGAAUUCGGACUUCUAUAAACUAGCUCCACAGCAUGCCAAAAAGCAUGAGAAAGCGAAAUAUAUGGAAGGAUGCCAAAAAUUACAAAGCGAAAUUAUGAGAUUUACAACAAUUCCUCCUCUUGCUCGAUUUGAGGAACGACUAAAAACGAAAUGCAUCAAUGAACAAAUAACAUCAUUCGCUUUACAAGACGAAAUGAUUCAUCAUCUUGAACAGUUAGCUUAUGAACUUAAUAAAAGGAAAAUCAUUGUCGAACAAAGCGGAGAAUCAAGUGAAACUAUCAAUUCAGAGUUUGGCAGCUUAAAUGGCCUCUUAAGUAAAUACAAUGAGCUUUUGGAAGAAAAUGAAAAACUCAAAGCCGAAGAAACCAAAUUCGCAUGCGAUCCAAUGACCAAGCGCCGCAAGUUCGAUAACUUCUCAUGCCAUUCUUCAAGAAUGCUCGUUGAUACAAUCAAAGAUAUCGUCGAAAGCGAACUAGAUAUAGCGCAUUUCUUUGAAGCACCUAAAGAAGUCGAAGAAGGAAUGGAUUUCGAUACACUUGUUCCAUCACAAGAUGAAAAAGUUCUUAAUAUGAAAUUAAGUUUCUCAGAUCUUCAGUACAACUUAUCUUCGAGCCAGAUUAUUACACAAGGUAAUCUUGCCAAGCAACAAGAACUACUCCAGGACUACAAGAAGACUGUAGAAAAACUUGAAGAUGAAGUAAGAGGCGGAACUAAACGUUCUUAUACAAGUGAUGCUUCUUCACUUCCUCACAAUCGUGCUGAUAAAGUUUUAGAUGCAAAUUUCGCUUUAAUCGAUAAAAUUGACGGUUAUGUUGUUGAUAUCGAUAACAAAAACGCUCAAAUUGACGUUCUCGUUGAAAAACUUACUAAUUUAACUAAAGAUCGUAAGGAAGUUUAUGAAAAGUACUGGAAAAUCCUUAAACAAUACCAAGAUCUUGUUAAUUCUCACGUAGAUCUUUCCAAUGUAUUGAAUAAGAACAGAACCAUACUUUCCUCUUUACUUACUGUUGUAACCUCAUUCGGAAGCGACAUGAUCAACCUCAUUCCUCAAGAUACAAUCAAACAAUACAUGGACAAAGAAAUUUCCAUCAAAUCAAAUGAUAUACAGAACGGAGCUCCAAUGCCAAUUGUCAAGAUGCACGAGGAGAACGAGGAGAAUGGAAAGCGCAGGAACUUGAAGAGAGCAAGGAAUUCAUCAGCAAGUGUUGAACAAUUUACUCAUUUAGAAAGUCAUUGUAAUUGUUCGAAUUUGUUGACAAAUAAAAUGGAGAUAAUUAAUGCUCUUUCUCUCGCAUGCCAAAUCGGAGGGUUCUCUGUUGGCUCUGAUAAGAAACUACACGAUCCAAUACGCUUCAUGAACAACCACCUCAUAGGAGGAAUCUCGGAAACAUCGAAGGAACAGCUCGGCCAAGUUAUGCAGUUUUUCAAAGAAAAUUUGACAAAAUUAAGGAUGACGUCAAAUUUGAUACUUAUCAGAGAGAAGAACAGCUUGGCAACGCAGAUGGAUGAACUUGACAGGAAGAAUGAAGAGACUAUGACAGACGAACCAUCAAAGAAACCAGGAAAAAAGUGA